AUGGCAGCAUUUAUAUCCGGCCCUCUGGACACCGGUCCCAACGACUGCUACUUCCACACCUACUACGUACCCCAGAUCAACGAAGCUAUCACGCGCGACGAUGACUUCGUGAUUGGCCCCAUCCUGAGUGGGGUCGACGCCAACGCGCUCGCCUACCUUCUCUCAUACCCUGUGUCACCCACGCGCAUAACCGUUUUCGCGACGGCCGGCGAGAACAGCAUGUGGGGGAGCGGGGAACGCGACGCCGCCAUGACGGCCGCCAGCGUGUAUGAUAUCCUGCGGGUGCGCACGCGCGAUGAGUCCCGUCGGUUGUAUGGCCGCAUGUGGCGCGAGGGCCACAUUACCAACACGGAGCGAAACUGGAAACGUCGCAGGGGGAUUGCCGAGGAUGUGGAGGUGUCUGCGGAGGAGAUUCAUCGGUCAAUGGGUUUUACGGAGAAGAAGGGUUUAUUUAAUAGAUUAAUGUCCAGAUGUAAGGAUUAA